UGGCGCAAAGUCAUCAUCACCACUCGGACUGGUAAAUCGGACCGCUGUGUCUGUGAAAGAGAAAGAGAGAAAGCAAUAAUUUAUCCGCAUGAUAAAUGCAAUUUACGCCGUUAUCGUUUUAUGUUCAACAGCAUCGGUCGUGGUGGUUCCUGGUUUGGAAUACCUUAUGAGUUCGCAUUACAGUGUUUUGUGGAAUUAUUUACUUUAUAUACGAAUAUGUUUUCUGAUGGGAGUUGCCAUCUGAUUAUACUAUCGAGUGUUUAGUGUGGGAUGCGAUUUCCUAAUGGACAUGUAAUAUGUGGCACAGCGACGCUGGCCGACGGAGGGUUCCAAUGCGAACCCGAACUUAACAGUUGCAUAUUUUAUUCAUGUGGUUACCAAAACAAUGCUGACUUGUCCUUGAUCAGGCAGUAUUGCUUGACCAAACGCCACCGUUUAAUCUCUUGAAUAGCUGCUUGCUUUCCUCUGGCCACCAUGUAAUUAUCCGCAAAUUACUGUUUAUUGAUCCCCGGUUUAAAUUGAAUUUUGUCUAAUCACGGAUUAUUUGGAUACGCCUCAAGUAGUUUUUGGCCGGAGAGGAGAACCUAAUUUACUGCGCGGCCUGUGUGUUAGUAUACACAAACGUGUGUGUGUGGUGCAGUGCUGCUGGUGAUCGCGCUCGCACGGCAGGAUUUGCCACGGAGGAAAAAAACAAAACGAUGGAUAAAAAUCGCCGGGAACGACUCGGCGUGCUGGAGCGCCAGUUGGUCGAUCCGCGAUCUGAGUUAAAUGUCGACAGUUUACUGGAUGGAAUUCAGGCGCUGGUGGCCGAUUGUGCGUUCGACGCCGUUAGACGGAAUAAGAACGUGGAAAGCUUCUUGGACAGAUACGAGAAAUCUGCUAAGAAGAUUUUACAAACACGAAUGAAUUACACCGACUAUACGUUUUUAAAAACCAUUGGCCGCGGUGCUUUCGGAGAAGUGCAGCUGGUUCGGCACAAAUCCACCAGCAGUGUUUAUGCCAUGAAGCUCCUUAGCAAGUUUGAAAUGAUAAAACGCUCCGACUCGGCUUUUUUCUGGGAGGAGCGCGAUAUAAUGGCGCACGCUGGGAGUGAUUGGAUUGUGCAACUUCAUUACGCCUUUCAAGACGCUAAGUUUUUAUACAUGGUUAUGGACUAUAUGCCCGGCGGGGAUAUGGUUAACCUAAUGAGUCAGUAUGAAGUGCCGGAAAAGUGGGCUACAUUCUAUACGGCGGAAGUCGUGCUAGCUCUGAAUGUCAUCCAUGAAAUGGGAUUUGUGCAUCGCGAUGUGAAACCCGAUAAUAUGCUACUGGAUGCACGUGGCCAUCUAAAAUUAGCCGAUUUUGGAACGUGUAUGCGAAUGGGUCAAGAUGGGAUGGUGCAUUCGGACACGGCGGUGGGUACACCGGAUUAUAUCUCCCCUGAAGUACUGCGGUCCCAAGGCGGGCAAGGACUGUAUGGUCGAGAGUGCGACUGGUGGUCUGUGGGUGUGGUGUUAUAUGAGAUGAUUAUCGGCGACACACCCUUUUAUGCGGACUCACUAGUCGGAACGUACGCCAACAUUAUGGACCAUAAGAACGCCCUGAAAUUCCCCGAUGACUUUGAACUGUCCGGUAACGCCAAGAGCCUGAUCUGCGGCUUUCUUUCUGACAGAUCAACACGUCUGGGUCGGGCGGGGAUCGAUGACAUCAAACAGCAUCCAUUUUUCUCCAAUGAGAACUGGACGUGGGAGAAUAUUCGCCAGUCGGAUGCUCCCGUGGUGUUUGAUCUUCGUUCCGACGACGAUACAUCAAACUUUGAUGAAAUUGAUCGCACCGAAGAGGAUCAUCACAACGAGACCUUUCCGACACCAAAAGCCUUUGCCGGGAAUCAUUUGCCAUUUAUUGGUUUCACAUACAGCAAAGAUUAUCAGUUGCUUGUCAGUGCGCCUUCGGAUCAGCCCGAUUUAGUAAACGCAUCCACGUCGAACGAAUAUAAGAAUGCCAAGGGUAAUUUAGACGAAGCGCUCCAAAAGUUGCAACAAGAACUUAAACGAGAGAAAAGUCUCCGUGCUGAUUUGGAUAAUAAGUACCGGGAAACUGUUGGAUUGUUGGAUCGAUUAUCUUCGAAUGAGGAUUUGGUCCACAAGGAGCGUUCCGAUCUGGAGAAGACGAUGACAGCCAGAAAUCAGGAAUUACGUGAGAUCCAGAAACGCUUGGAACUGGAGAUGCAGAAUCGCGCUCAACUGGAGAAGCAUUUAGUGGAUACGGAGGAAAGCUUAAAAAGAGAGCGCACGAAUUUAUUGACCAGUAAGGAGAAGUUGAAUGCUCUGGAAAAACAGUUUGCCGAUGUCAGCACCAAGUUGACUGCCGAUGGAGAAGGCGCGCUAAAGUUGAAGAAAACCAAUGCGGAGUUGGUUGCUGCUUUAUCUGAAAGGGAUCAUGAAUUGGAUAUGAUGAAGCAGGCACACCAUACACUACAGUCAAAGUUGAUGCAGUCCGAAAAUGAUCAUUCUAUUGUACAGGUGAAUGUCACUUCGUUGGAAUCAGAGAAAGCCCAGCUGAUCUCCAAAUUGGAUUGGUCAGUUCGGGAAACCGAUCGCCUGAAACAAACUAUCGCCACAAUGCAGACGGAAAAUCAAGGACUGCAGGAUGACCUAAGCCAACUGGAAAAAGACAUGGCCAUGGUUAAGGUUGAGCUGACCGAUUGGAAAAAUAAAUACCAGGCCGAGGUGGAAAGCCACCGUAAGAGCGUUUAUGAUCUGAGCAGUCGUUCCCAGGAUAAAGUUUCCGCUGAGGAGAACUACCAUAAUCAAAUCCGGCAGAUUGAACGGAAGUUAGCCGAGGAAGCAGCCGCCCGUAAGGCAGCGGAAUUAUCCAAACAAGAGUUACAGCGACGCAGUUCGGUGCAAGAUGUGGAUCUGCGUCAGAUGAAGAUGCAGAUGGAACAAGUGGAAAAUCAGUUCAAAAACGAGAUUGAGAAAGUGAAGAAUCUGACUAUUCAGGUGGAACAGGAAACUCAGAAGCGCACAGUAUUACAGAAUGAAUUCCGUACGCUUAGCCAGCAGCACGCUGUGCUAAAAAAUCGGGAAAAACAGUUAGAAACGAUGUUGAAUGACAUCAAAGAUUUGAAACGAACCAUGGAGGAACAAAUCCAUAAAAUGAAACAAUCGAAAGCGCAGGAUGACACUAUUAUUCGUGAUUUGCAAGAUCAGUUAGAAGCAGAGCAACAUUUUUCGUUCCUCUAUAAACAAAAUACUCGAUCCUUGGAAGAAACUAUUGAAGAAAAAUCGCGACUAGUGGAUGAUCUUGAAAAACAGCGCGAUUCCUUACGGCAUGCCGUUAAUCAAGCUAAUAUCCUUGGAGAAUCCGAAGCCCUAGCGCGACGUGUCGCUGAAGACCAAAUAUCGGAGUAUCAGAAAGAGCGAAGCGCCAAGAAUGGCGAAAUGCAUGGAGCUAUCGAAAGGUUACAAGAAGAUUUAGCAAAAAAGGAAAACACCUUAUACCAGCUAAAGGAAACGUAUAAGCGGCGCGUUGAAGAACUAAUUUAUGAGAAGACGCAGCUGGAAAAUCGACUGGAAGCCAAGCAAAAUGGCUCUAAUCAAAACGGAUAUGCAAAUAUUGGACCAGACGCCCUCGCUGAUUUACAGAAAAAAUUGGAUGAGGAAACAAUUAAAAAGCAACAGGCAAUUAAUAAAUUAGCUGAAGUGAUGGCUAAUAUGAUGCCAAAUCCCGACCGCGGAAGGAAAAUCAGCAAAGUUCAUAAUAAUCAGCGUGAAAAAGAGAUGCGCAAACUUCAGCAGGAUAUGGCCCAUGAAAGGCAGAAAUACAAUGAUAGCAUUACGGAUUUGAACAAACAACUGGAUGAACUCCGCGCAAAUUUAUAUGAAGAAAGCCGUCUGCGUGAGAGACUGCAGGUGGAGUUGGACAGUAAAGAUGACGAGAUCGAUCAGCUGAGGAAAAAAUUGCAAAAUUCCAAUUUUGAUACAAUAAGCCAGAACAGUGGCUCCGGAAUUAUCGACGAAGAAAACGAAGAUAUUCGGUUUGAGGGUUGGUUAUCUAUCCCUAAUCGCCAUAAUGUUCGCCGACUGGGAAUGUGGAAAAAGCAGUAUGUCGUCGUCAGUAGUAAGAAGAUACUGUUCUACGAUUCCGAAACGGAUAAAAGAGAAAUGAAACCUUCGCUUACAUUGGAUAUGGGAAAAAUUUUCCAUGUUCGAAACGUUUCCAAAACGGAUGCGCACCGUGUGGAUGACAAAUACCUGCCACUUAUGUUCCAGCUAUUGUACGCCGGCGAAGGAGAAGCUCGAAAGGAUGAUCGUGAUGAUCACGCACAUUAUGCAAACGAUCACCAUUCAUCAUCGUUGGUGUCAUUUAAAAACCAUGAGCUAGUUCCGAUCGUAUUCCAUAUGCCGACCACUUGCGAAGUCUGCACAAAACCGCUAUGGAAUGUCCUGAAGCCUCCUCCCGCUCUCGAGUGCAGACGAUGCAAAAUAAAGUUUCAUCGCGACCAUAUCGAAAUGAAAGAAGGCGAUCUCUCCUCCUCACAGUACUGCCCCGUUGCGCCUUGCAAAAUUAAUGUGGAUGCGGCAAUUGCCAAAGAGAUGUUACUUCUCGCCCCUUCUGCCGAGGAGCACGAUAAGUGGCUCAAACGUCUUUCAAACAAAAUCAAGCAGAAAGGAUAUAAAGCCAACGAAGCUAAUAAAACUUCGCCUAGUGGUGCUUACGAUAUCCGUGCCUCAGUACGGCAGCCCUUCAAAUACACAUCGCAGACGAGUUUGAAGGGCGCUUCGCUUCCACAUUCAGGAAAUUCCGAUCCCAGCUUGUUAGCCAGGAGAACGGGUGUCUGAUUGAAUGGGAUGUUUAGACGGUGUAAUGUAAUUGACUUGAUCCUUCCUUCUUCCCGCCUCGAAACCUGUGCCUUUUGAGUUUGGAGAUAGUUAUUUUAAUGUUGCCCAGUUUUAACCAUUUGGAAUCCUGAUCUGUUUUUGGCAAUAGACUAAUGGCAACGAUUUGGCCUGUUCAUGUGCUAGUUUGUAUAGGAGAAGACACACAAUGUUCUUUCAGAAGUGCUCAGUAACUGGGCGUGAAGUUGGUUGUUUUUAUAUUGCUUUGAAUGAGUUGCUUUUUACUGUUGAUUUGAAUGUGUUAAUCUGCUCAGCUGCGUUAUGUUGGUUUUAUAAACGAACCUUAUUACCGUGUCCCGUUGUCAGAAUUAAGUAAAAAAAAGUUUCCUGCUAUCA